GGUCAUGGAAUAAGAGAUAAUUUCUGAAGAUUUGUCCAUCUUGUACAUAUCCAAGAUGGCUGGAUGUGAAUGUUCCACGAAGAUAAUCCCUGCCACGGUGGCAUGGUGUCUUCUGCUGGGAGCCUCAGGCUCGUUUUUCGGAGUUAUAUGCCCUUUCCUUUACACUGUGACGAUUGGCAUCCCUAUUUAUUCAGGAAUAAUUACCAUAUUUGUGGUUGCCAACUUCGCCUUGGCCACCUUCAUGGACCCUGGUAUAUAUCCUAAAGCUCAAGAUGAAGAGCUGAAGGAUGAUGAAGGGCGCGCUCCGCUCUAUAAAAAUGUGGAUAUCAAAGGCAUCACGGUGCGGAUGAAGUGGUGCACCACGUGUCAGUUUUACAGACCACCAAGAUGUUCACACUGCAGUGUCUGUAAUAACUGUAUUGAGACAUUUGACCAUCACUGCCCUUGGGUGAACAACUGUAUAGGACGGAGAAACUAUCGAUAUUUCUUCAUGUUCCUUAUUUCGCUGGCAGUCCACAUGAUCAACAUUUUCGCUCUCUGUCUCCUCUACGUGCUCCAGCAUAAGAAAGAUCUCGCCCAGUACAACUGCAUAGUUGGUAUCAUAAUUAUGUGCCUGAUAGGCCUCUUGCUCAUACCUGUCAUGGGACUGACUGGCUUUCAUAUUGUUCUCGUCGCGCGAGGGCGCACUACAAAUGAACAGGUGACAGGAAAAUUCAAAGGAGGACAUAACCCGUUCACACGUGGCUGCAGUGCUAACUGUCGAUACACGAUAUGUGGACCCCAGUGGCCACGAUUGGUCGCAUUUUUACCAAAAAAAAUGACAGUGAACCGCGAUUCAAAUCGGGUCACUUACAUAGCAGCUAACAAUGAUAGUAAAAUAUAUAUGAAUGACCGCAAUGGCUACAAGAACAACCACAACACACAUCACAAGAACACAUUUAACAUAGAAGAUAUAAACGAUGCACAGAACCACUCUCUUGAUUGUGAAGCCACACCUCCGCCAGCCAAAAGACAGACAGGAUCCUAUACCAAUCUCUUUGACACCACCCAAGCUCAGCCUGUUAAUGCCACACAGAACAGCUACCAGCCAGGCCGCAUGUCCCGCUCUCAGUCAGGGUCUCCUAAUGUGCAUAGACCCACUAAUCUGUACCCAUACAGCAGCUCUGCUGAACAGUUAGGGCGCUCCAAUGACUCAAUCGCACCGAUGGCCUUGCCAGACGAGGAUUCGCCGACUGAGCGCUAUAGCACCAGUUCUCCGUCUCUCGUACCCAAAUCUCCAACCCAGCCUAGUAUCACCCACGAGCUGCGACCAAGGGUGACGGGACGCCAGGCCCAGCGCUCCCAAGCGCAAAGACAGGUUGGUGUUCGCCGCAGUCCCGUGGGUGACAGGCGCUACUACCCCAGCUACCUGGAGCGCGGACUACCCACGUCUGGAUCUCCUAGGGAAGUGUCUCUAACAAGUCGGGACACAAACAGGAUGCAUGACAGCACUGCGCAUCCGCCUUCCCAUCCCACGUCCAAACCUCCGCAGCACCGCACAGAAGGUCACAGUCUGUAUACGCGUGGUAACAUGCGACGCCCCCUGGACUCUGCCUCCCCUUACAGCCCUAACAGUAUGAACGGCAGCCAUGUGCGAACUGUAGGCGGGCGCAGCAUCCCAGGGGGGCGGGGUAACACUUACGUUGUGGAGCAUUCGCGGAAACAACGGGGUACACCGAGAGUUGGCUCACUCGGCCCGCCAGACCCAAAUUACUCUCCUUCUCAGAGACCAAUGUCCUUCGUGCGCGCACUGGAAAUGACUGAAGUGUUAGAGACGAAAGAACAAGAGCAAAGACAAACGCCUGAACCGAGGCGGCAUAACGGUGAACAAAAACAGCGAAGCAUUUAUGACUCUUCGUAUGAGAUCACAGUGUAGCAGAUUGGUGGAUUUACAAAAACUCUCAUCUCGACUGUUUCUUCACAGUAGUGGUUUUAUUUAUUGUAUUUUUUUUUCCAGUCUUUCUCAUCACUUGUGCAUUAUUUUUUUGUUUUUUUUCUUUCAGAAACAAAUUUGUGUUAAAUGUCGUGGGAUGUGUGGCCAAUUCAUGUUUAUCUGUUAACUCUCAACUUCAGUUCAUGGACUUCAUCACAGCUCUGUCACAGCUGUGAUUUACAUCUGCUUCAUGUUCAGGAAUCAGUAUCAUAAAUAAAAGAAAAAACUUCUCGGGAUGUGCCAAUUUUUGUUCAGAUACUUCAGUGUACAUCUGAAUAUAUUACUCUCAUUAGGGGGAUUUGUACCAGUGAGAUUUCAAUCAGUUCUAACAUGUCAUUGCAUCAGUACUUGGAGCGAUGUGGUUGCCUGGACACGUGUUUAUGAUAUCGCUGGAUUUAUUACACAUGCUUGUGGGUUUAACCCGACCUCUGGAUUUGACCUUGACCUGUGGAUUUGACCUCUAUUCUGUGCUGUUGACCAAACGAUAUCAACUUUCAAACUUGGUCAUCAACUAUGAAAGUGGUUGUGGUUUAGUCUUCAUUGACCAUAGCUUGUCAAACCAUAUGUAUUAAAACCACACUUAAUCAUCUUCCCAUCAUGUGUAUAAAUCGCGCCAUUUAACAUGUAUAUAGGUCCACGUUCAUGCCUGGUUAUAAUAUAUAUAUAUAUAUUUUUUUUUCUGCAACAUAAUCACGUCCUCUGUUUCAUAUCAAUGUUACACUUGGCUCACGGGGGAUUGCAUUCAUGUGUGUAUAUAGGAGAGAUUGGUGCAGUCAGUGUUGUAAUGUAUAAGUAUAUAAGGACCUUCCCUGGUAAUAUUUUCUUUGAAGAGCCAUAGGCUUGUGUAUAGAACAUAGAUACAUAUAUAAUACAAAUAUAAAUAUAUAUAUAUAUAUAUACAUGUAUGUGUAUAGUACAUAUGUGUGCACAUGUAUAAUGAAAUGUAAGUAUUCAACUUCUGCUGAACUAUAUGAAGCCUUGUCAAGAGACGGCUGUUUGUAUGAGAUUAUAAUGCAAAUGUUUGUGCCAAGAGUUGACCCGAUCACCACGAUAUCCUUCUUGGCAUGAGACAGGUGUUAGAUUGAAUUGUAUUCCACCGUGGCACAGCCUCAUUACAGUACAGAUCUAUUUUACAAAUGACAGGGUUUUAAGGACCGAUGUGUUUCAUGAUGAAGAAAGAAUAGUUCUUACCUCCCUCAAAGAAGUCAAAAUGGACUCUUCCAGAUAAAACCUUUUAGUCAAGAGGUUGUAGCCCUGCUGAAUAUCGACACUUGUUUCUUCUGGCCUUGAUACAUCAGUGGAGACUAUGAUGGUCAGGAGCUUGUAACCUUCCCCAGCCCUGCUGAAUAUCGACACUGGUCUUAUAUGGCCUUGAUACAUCGGUGCAGACUGUGAUGGUCAGGAGCUUGUAACCUUCCCCAGCCUUGCUGAAUAUCAGCACUUGUUUGCUCUGGCCUUGAUACAUCAGUGCAGACUAUGAUGGUCAGGAGCUUGUAACCUUCCCCAGCCUUGCUGAAUAUCAGCACUUGUUUGCUCUGGCCUUGAUACAUCAGUGCAGACUAUGAUGGUCAGGAGCUUGUAACCUUUCCUAGCCUUGCUGAAUAUCAGCACUUGUUUGCUCUGGCCUUGAUACAUCAGUGCAGACUGUGAUGGUCAGGAGCUUGUAACCUUCCCCAGCCCUGCUGAAUAUCAGCGCUUGUUUGCUCUGGCCUUGAUGGAUCAGUGCAGACUAUGAUGGUCAGGAGCUUGUAACCUUCCCCAGCCCUGCUGAAUAUCAGCGCUUGUUUGCUCUGGCCUUGAUACAUGAGGGCACACUGUGAAGAUCAAAAGCUUGUGACCUUCCCCAGCCUUGCUGAAUAUCAGCACUUGUUUGCUCUGGCCUUGAUACAUCAGGGCACACUGUGAAGAUCAGAAGCUUGCAACCUUCCCCAGCCUUGAUGAAUAUCAGCACUUGUAAUCUCUGGCUUUGAUACAUCAGUGCAGACUAUGAUGGGCAGGAGGUUGACCUUCCCCAGCCUUGCUGAAUAUCAGUGCUUGUUUCAUCUGACCUUGACACAUCAGUGUAGACUGUGAUGGUCAGGAGCUUGUAACCUUCUCCGGCCCUGCUGAAUAUCAGUGCUUGUUUGCUCUGGCCUUGAUACAUCAGUGCAGACUAUGAUGGUCAGGAGGUUUUAACCUUCCCCCAGCCUUGCUGAAUAUCAGUGCUUGUUUCAUCUGACCUUGACACAUCAGUGCAGACUAUGAUGGUCUGGAGCUUGUAACCUUCCCCAGCCCUGCUGAAUAUCAGUGCUUGUUUCAUCUGACCUUGACACAUCAGUGCGGACUGUGAUGGUCCAAGGGCUUCAGAGUCUUCAUACUUCAUUCACACAAUCAGUAAUGAGGAGGUUUCUCUUAUCAGGUUUUCAAUGCAUCUAUAUUUUCUUUUCGUUAACGUAGUGGACAUUAAUUCAAGACAUAUAUAUGAUCUCAUGUAGUUUUAAGGUAAGUGUGUUUGAUGUUGAUGAUGUGGCCAUGGCAGAAACUUGAAAUCUCAUCUGAUAAUUUAAUGAGCCCACAGGUUGACAUUAACUGUGUUAGUUGUCCCUAAUGUAACACUGUGGGGAAACUGCUAAUGACAGUCAAAAAUUACAAUGGUGCUAUACAUGUUAUUCAGUUAACUUCAUCAGUAGAUUAAGUAUGUAAAGUAAACUUAAAAGAAGGUAUAAUCAGCUACAGACUGAACAUGUACUGAUGAUUGCUUACUGUGGAGCUACCAGUGCACACCAAAAAAAAGGGACCAUAGUUUUUGCACAGCUCAGUCACGUUGCAAACAUAAACACUGACACAUUUAUCAUUUGUAGCACGGUUGGGUUUAAAGUGAGCGUAAAAGUGAUUAUUUAAGGUCAAGAUUUGCUUGUCAGUAUGUUAUUGUUGUUGAAUUAAUGACAACUUUUUUAGGGACACAUGCACCACAAUGUUCUUCUGUCAGUAAAGUACUCCAGUCAAAUGUCAUACUACAGAAAUGUUGGGUAAAGAAGUGACUUUCUAACAUUACUGCCAUAAGUGUAGUACCGGUAGUUGUUAUGUAUGUGAAGCCCUAAAUCUAGAAGAGCUUAGAUUAAAUUAGAGAUAUUAAUCGGUACAUGAAGAAUCCAGGUUUUCUGCAAGAAUCAAUUCAUAAACCUGACUGCUGUCAUGUAAGGCCAUUAUUGAAAAAAUGUUUAUUGGGUGUAAACCACCCUGGUCUAUAUCACAAAAUAAGUGGGUUGGUAGGGAUAUUCUGUUUUUUUUUUUUUUUGUU